UUGGUUCCUGUGUCGAAGCGUCUGUGUAGUGAGUUCUCAGUCACUAUCUGAGGCUUUACAUGGGAGCGAGCUUUCACUCCUUUACUGAGAGAUAUACUAACUGAUGAUCAGUCAUCCUCCUCAAUGUGUAUGGUCAUAUUUGCUCCGCUUUUUGCUGUCUGUGCAUUUGCAACAUGUGGGGGAUAUUCUGGCCAGAUAACGGUUAAAGUGGAAUGUAUGGAUAAAACCCAAAGAAACAUCAGCAUCAGUUUUGGCUAUCCAUUCAGACUGCAGCAGGUGCACUUCAACGUGCCUCUCUGUGAGCGUAAGAGGUAUGAGACGAUUUUCCUCGAGGGAGACUACUCUUCUUCAGCACAAUUCUUUGUUACUGUGUCUGUGUUAGCAUUUCUCUACUCGCUCCUAGCUACAGUAGUCUACAUUUUCUACCAGAACAAGUACAGAGAGAAGAACAGAGGUCCUCUAGUGGAUUGCCUGGUGACUGUGAUUUUCUCAGGUCUGUGGCUCGUGAGCUCAAUAGCCUGGGCUAAAACUCUCUCCGGAGUGAAGACAGCCACGGAUGUGAGUCUGAUACAGAUGCUAAUGACUGCCUGCAGAGAUGAGGAGAACCUGUGUGAGACACUAGAGGAGCCUACCUGGACCAGUCUUAAUGUAUCAGUGGCGUUUGGCUUUCUGAAUUUCUCCCUGUGGGCUGGUAACAUUUGGUUUGCCUACAAAGAAACAGGCUUACACAAGUCCGGUCAGCGUUACCCCUCCAGAACGCCCUCUGAGAAACGCAGCGGUAGCUUCAGGCAGCACAGUCAAAGCAGUUUUGACCAAUCCGGAACAGGCUUUGGACAGAGGCUCUACAGCCAGCCAAGUUUUGACCUAUCAGGUGGAGGACUCAGCCUACUGCAGACCAAUCUGGGACAACCUAAUGUUUACAGACAGAUGGGCAGUCCCACCUCUAGAGGACCGCUCAUAUUUGUCAAUGAAAGUCAGUGAGAUAAGAGAAUGCAGAGUGGUUAUACUGUAUGAGGGAGAUAGUCUGGAGAGAAGAAUGAGGAAAGUAAUAGAGAAAUGAUAAAAUAUCCUCUCAGAUUCUGAAAAGAGUAUGUCCUAUGAAAGUGGAAAAAAAAAGACAGAAAAGGAAUGAACACAAGACACUAUAUGUGUAAAUUGUGCUCAUUGGCAGAAGAGGCAGGAAAUAUAAGUGUUUCAUUUAGAUUAGUUUGGUGAUUUUUCUAUUUUUUGUUAAAUUUAAUUAUUAUUAAAUGUGGUUUAAAUAAAAUGAUGUAUACUUUCUGUGAGAUUUUUCUCAAAUUCUAAUAAAAAAUAUUUAGUGUAUAAUCUUACAUACAUUCACUGCCUACUUUAAUAGGAACACCUGUACCACUACCCAUGCAUGCAAUUAUCCAGUCGGCCAAUCAUGUAACAACAGUGCAAUGCAUAAAAUCAUGCAGAUAUGAAACAUGAAACAUCAGAACGGGGGAAAAUGUGCUCUAAGUGCCAGACAGGCUAGCCUGAAUAUUUCAAAAACUGCUGAUCUCCUGGGAUUUUCUCACACAACAGUCUGCAGAGUUUAUACAGAAUGGUCAGAUAGCUCAGAGGAGAAUGGUCCAAGCUGACAGGAAGGCUAUAGUAACUCACUCUUUACAACCAUAGUGAGCAGAAAAGCAUCUCAGAACCCACAACACAUUGAACCUUGGGCAGAUGUUCCUAUUAAAGUGGUCAGUGAAUAUAAAUGGAUAUAGAUAGAUGUAACAAUAUAUACCAUUAUUUAUUUGUGUUCUGCCACUGUAAAUGUUGUCUCUGGUAUUUUUCUCAUGUACAUUUUCAAAGGUAUAAUGUAUAUGUAAUAAUUGCUUCUUGUACUUUAUUGAUAUUGUUACCUUAUAGGGCUUAAAAUUAGAGGUAAAAACAGUCUGAAGUUGGGAGGUGUCUGAAGAUGUUAAACGACUGAUCUGAGGGCUGUAUUAUUAAUGACUCAGUCUCUUCACAGUGUUCAGUGCAGUGCAGAAAGUGUGUCAGAGUCUAUGCAAGUGAUGCAAUCAUGUUGUAACUUGCAAAGUUUAAUGUUGAUCUCUCUGAUCUAACCUUGUCAACAUAGGGAAUAAAAAUAUUACAAAUUCCAUCAACUGGCCGUGAUUACUGUUAAAUGAAUAUAACAUAAGAAAGGCUCUGAUUAUUUAGGCAUAUUUUUAUCAUACAUCUUUUUAUUUGGGUUUAUGUGGCUUUCACCAGAGAUCAGUAAUGUUGAAAUAUAAACAUAAGAUUUAAUCUCUGAAUCAUUUGUGUUUGUGCAAGUUGCAAUAUAUCAUGCUGAGAAUGUAUGCACCAUUACAAGAUUACAAAUAGGAUGCAGUAUCUUGUAAGGAUUGCACUAUGUGACAUAUUGUGGUUUCUACUUUUUGCAGCCAUUAAUCAAGAGCUUUUAUUGCUUCACUCCAGAACAUUUUCUUCAUUUUCUUCUGUUCUGUUGUUUUGUAUAUUCAUUGCAUCUUCCCUUGUAAAUAAAUCUGUUUCUUCUCAGCUCCGGACAAA